GCUUUUUUGAUCAAGCCAUUGCUUAAUAUACGGCGAUUGGUGUCUGCUUUAUCAAUAGCCGACAUGUCACCCGGAGCCGCGGGUGUCUUGUUUCCAGCCCUGUUCGCCGGGGUAUCUCGUCCCGUGCUAUAAAUGUAAAUGCGGGGUACCUUAUACCUUUUUCCUUUGCUAUCCUGAAUUCUUGGGAAUAGGGGACUUCUAAUUUCCUUCCAAUUCACCACCAGCCAAGAACAUGGAGGAAAAGAUCGAGACCGAACGGGUGGAAGACCGCACCACUGAUGCAGGAGAUGCACCCACCAAGGGCCAGCCUGUGAUGCGAUCGACCCUGGACAAUCUGAGCAUUUGGGAGAGUUUGCGCCGGUUCAAAGUCGUGACCAUGAUCGCGAUGGCUGCCGCGUUCAGCGCGUCGCUGGAUGGAUACCAAAUCAAUCUUAACGGGGGCGUCGUAUCGAAUAAAGGGUUUAUCCAGCAGAUGGCGAACCCAGAAACGUCCAUCAUCGAGGGCAAAUACAUCUCGGCCUGGGGUGGUAUUCAGUCUGCCGGGCAGACUGUUGGGCAAAUUCUUCUGCAAUAUGCCACAGACGGAUAUGGACGAAAGAUUGCGCUGUACAUCAUCUUCCUCACAUUCGUUAUCAGCGUCUUCAUCGAGUCUUUUGCAACGCACUGGGACCACUGGCUGGUAGCGAAACUGUUCUCCGGUAUGGGCGUUGGUAUGCUCCAGUCGACGAUGCCUCUGUACCUGUCCGAGAUCUCUCCUACGCAGCUUCGUGGCUUUCUCAUCAAUGCAUAUAGUUUCUGGUUCGUUAUCGGCCAACUAUUUGCCUCCGUCGCUUUGAACCGUCUUAAUGCCUCUGAUCCGUAUAAUUUCCGGACGCCCAUUUACACCCAGUGGGCAAUGGUUGGCCUGUCGGGAAUCAUUUUUGUCGCCCUCCCCGAGUCCCCGUGGUGGCUGGUUGGAAAGGACCGACAUGAGAAGGCUACGAAAGUCCUGCGCGUGUGCAAUGGAAGUGUGGAUGGCUACGAUGUCCAGGAACAGAUUGGCAUCAUGACCGCAACAAUCACAGAGGAGCGCCAACAAGCGCAGCGCGAUAAACAACAAGGAAUGUGGGCGGUAUUCCAGGGCCGGAAUCUGCCCCGGUUUAUAAUAGCAGGGUGGCCGAAGAUAACACAGCAGUUUGUCGGACUGUCGGUGUUCAACACCUACGCCACGUAUUUCUUUCAAUAUGCCGGAAGCGAAGAUCCGUUCCUCGUAACCCUCAUUCUAUCCUGCGUCCAGAUAAUCUCUAUGAUUAUUACCUGUACGCUGACUGAUCGUCUCGGACGUCGACCAUUGACCGUCUAUCCCUACGCUGUUACUGUUCUCUCCGUUCUAGCUCUUGGGAUAGUCGGGUGCUUUGAUUAUACCACGCCACAACUGAGUUCCCUUCUGAUAUUCUUCGCCUGUCUCGCAACCUUCUCCACAACAGGAGCCUCUGCAAUUGGAUACGCCUACGCCGCUGAGAUACCAUCACAGCGUCUCCGCGCCCAAACAGCCGGAUGGUCACUCGCAUCGUCAAAUAUGGUAGCCAUCAUGUUCAGUUUCUGCACGCCGCUGAUGAUAAACGAGGGGGCGACGAAGUGGGGUGUUAAAACUGGUUUUUUUUUCGCCGCGACUGGUGCCAUAUCGGUCGUUGUUGCUUGGUUCAUACUACCCGAAGUGACGCGAAGGACACCGGCUGAGAUUGACGAGCUGUUCGAGAAGAAAGUCAGCCUGCGCAAGUUCGACAAGCAUGUUACGGACGUGCAGAUUAACGCUAUUGCGCAGACUAAGGAGGCAUAGGUCGUUCAAGGAGUUGAGCGGCGUUUGAUUGAACAUAACGGAAGACAACAAGUAGAUGGAUAUAUUCAAUGAAAGUAGUCUAAAAUGAUAUUUGGUGUCGUAUAUUACCAGCUGAUGCUAUACCAACAACCAGCGCACCGCUAUCCAAUUAGUCGCCUACCAGUAUUAGGUCUUCUAUUGCAUUAUAUGCGACCACCGCAACUCGUCGUCGGUCUUGGUCACGUUCACACAAUGCAGUACAAGAACUAGCGCGUCUAGACAGCUAGUUUAAAAGCCAAACUUGAAGCGGCGACUUGCACUAUUCGGAGUGUUGGUUGGGUCGAUGCUGGAGGUCGAGGCCGAUGCUGAAGGAUCCUUGGAUACACUGGCAGAAGAUGUAGGAGAGCCAGAAGACGGGAUAGCGUGCUGCGA